AUGGCCUAUAAGACGUUCCACUCUAUAAGGAGCGGUUUUAGUUUGACUAUUCAUAUGAUUCGGAAGUAUCUUAGAAGUGUUGUUAAAGAAAACCAUGGCUCUACCUUGGUAUCUCAGAUUUAUGGAUAUAAAGAUACGGGGACAUACCCUAAAGAUCUCGGCUAUUUUAGGAGAAAAAAACAGUCACAUUAUAUCGAGUACUUCCAAGGUAUUAAGAAGUUUUAUAAGUGUGGACUUCUAGGGGAAUUGCCAGCUGAAAUUGAGGCGAGUAUCCUGUAG